GCGUCCCAGGUGCUCUGGGCCAUGGAGAUAACUACCAUCCCAUACGAGAUACUCUCCCUUAUUUUCGAGUUUGCUGUCUGGUCUGAUCCAUUUCCCUCCUUUCCGUCAAUGCUGCCGCCUGUACACGGGACAUCUCGAUCUGGUUCAUCCAUAGACCGGUAUGACCCUGAGCUUCGUAUCACUAUCGGGCUGGUAUGCAAGAGGUGGAAGAGUGUGCGCGAUGCAUCUCCAAGGUUAUGGAGUCGCAUUACUGUUGUAUAUGACCGCAUUGGUAAGGCACCGACGCAGACACUGCGCUGGCUCUUAGCGCGCUCAGGCGCGCUUCCUUUGGAUGUAUGGCUUUCCAGUGCAUCCUCGGAGCGUUCUAUUGACACGCCUGGGGAUUCGACGGUUCGCUCCUUCGUCAGGCUCAGUCAGGCGCUUACGCAGGUCAUCAACGUCCUGCAACACUCGAUACCUAGAUGGAGAUCGCUACACCUUAAUCCACGAUCGCGCUCGGAGGCUUAUGUCUCCUUUGUUCGAUUCAAGCAACCCGCUUUACGUCUGACAGAGCUCACUAUGUCUGCCCAAGACGCUGGUGGCACUGUCCAAAGCCUCACAACUUUACACGGCGAUGGAACAUUCCCAGUACCUACCAUUUUCAAUAAUCAGACACCCGAGUUACGUUCCGUUUCCAUUGAGCCCCUCGCUUUCAGCAUCGACAGCCAGUUCAUCAAGAAUUUGCACGACAUUCGCCUUAGCCGGGGAUGGACAACGCUCAGUAGACUUCUUGACGUUUUACGGUCAAAUCCCAAUCUCGAAACCCUAGUGAUCAUCAUGGUGGAGUUCGAAGAUGUCCUUAGUACUUCGAAUUCUCAAAUCUCCCUAGAAACGAAACAGGAGGCACUCACACUCCCGGCUUUGCACACAAUGCGACUCGACUUGACAAGAAAGGAAAUGACAAGAUUAUUAGAGUCUUUAACACUCCCUUCUCUGGAAUCACUAUCUUUGUGCCGGAGCGAGGAGGGUAAUGCGUCAGAGACGCCAGCGAACGAUGGUGUUACUGCGACCAGUACACUUCUUCGCGUCAUCGGCGAUCAGCGACGGAAGCAGAAGAUGCCUCUUACGUCGUUUUCAUUCACAUACGGGUCAGUCUGGGAAACGAAUGCGACGCAGGGCGAGGAGGGUACGGAUGCGGCAUUGGUUGAUUUGUUAUCUGCUUGCGGAUCCUUGGAAUCACUGGAGGUGCACAAUUACUCUCAUUACCACUCUACCCUUCUCGAUGAACUGACACGUAAGAAUGGUGAUAUUCCCCUGAUCUGUCCAUCAUUGUCGAGUUUACACAUCAGUCGUUGUGAGGGUCAACAACGACAUGCCGUCAGGCGCUUUGUCGAGUCGAGGCUGAUUAAUAAGCAGGUAGAAGAGCCAGGAGACCCGAGCCUAGGGCACGUCAGAAGUUGCACGCUCAACUCUCUUGUCAUCGAGGCUAGCCAUGACAAAGUCGUAUGUGGUUCGGAGGAUAUUCGGUGGAUUCAGCAGCAUGUGCCACAUUUUCAGGUCGAACAGUUUGGAUUAUUGGUUCAUCGGCGUAUUGUCCUCGAAGACGAUUUUUAGAAGGCAGUGCAUUGGAUUAUGGAUUAGAUUAUACUGGAUGGCUAAGAUAGAACGUUUUAGGAUUGUUAGGAAGUCAUCGUGAAAUAUAAUUAGGAAAGGAGAGCAGCGCCUUUGAUGCUUUGG